AUCUGUGGAUUUGGUGUUGCGAUGUCACAUUCCAAGAGCUGCUGAAGAAUUCCAAUACAGGAGUCACAAACUUAAAUUAAUCCAGAGGACAAAGUCUUCGAAGAGUUACCAUCAAGAGAUUUAAAAGUGAAAUAAACCAUCUAAAACUUAUGAGAAAUAUAAUAUCAGACUGAGGACUCAGUUCCUCUUAAAUACUGAAACAAACGAUCACAGCAGACAUUAACGUUUCACACUGAAUUCUGGGCAACAGGAUGCCAGCCAAGACUCCUAUCUACUUAAAGACGACCACACCAAAGCGGGGCAGGAAGCUGAGAAUACGUGACUUUCUAUCAGGUGACAUGAUAAGCCCACCGAUGGGCGACUUGCGUCACAGUGCCCACGUCGGGCCUGAAGGAGAGGGUGACAUGUUUGGUGAUGUGGGAUUUUUGCAAGGCAAGCUCGACAUGCUUCCAGCCCUCAACCAACCACCUAACUCUCAUUCCCACGGCAUGGAAAGGCGACUAGAUGAGAUCUUUGACAUGAACAGCAAAAGCCACACUUAUCAUCGGAGCCAUAAUUCCCACCACGGUUUUCUUCUAAAAAACACUAUCUCCAUGCCAGUGUUUAUUGACCCCGAGCAGCCUCCUCCUAAACCACCCCGUUUACAUUUAGAUGAGCACUCGUCUCCUGUUCAUCAGAAUCAUCAUUACAGUUCACAAGCGCAUCAGUGCAUUCAGCAGCAGCGCUCUAUGUCUGUGUGUGAGGAAGGGAUUGUGCACCGCAGGAGUGCCAGUCAUGAUCUUACUCUCUCUGCUUCAAUCCCAGUCUUUCCACACUUGGUGCCUUCCACAGGCUCAAUGUCUGAGGAAUCAUCUGAUGAUUCCAUCUCGGAAAGCUGCGGUCCACUGGACCCGAAACGAGGCUUGAGUUUGGACUCAGAUGCAGGGCUCAGUAAUGAAGACCUGCGAAGUGAAAACUGCGAGUCUCCGGCUGUAUCACCCAUCAUGUCACGAUCCGAGUCCCUAAUGGUUUUGGAUCUAGAUCUGGGACCAUCCAUUUUAGAGGACGUUCUUAAGAUCAUGGACCGGUAUAAGAGUGUGGAGGAGAGACAUGAGUUAUGAUUGGGGCGACUUGAGAUACUUGAAUAUUGGUGCCGGCCCAUGCAUGUCAUCUUAUGGCUGUCUCAGAGGACAAUGUAUGGAUUGAGAUGAUAAAACAAUGACUGCUUGUGCCACAAAAACUGCAAGGCAUAUUUAAACAUAAAUCAUUUUAACAUUGCCACUUUGGAAAUAAUUGUUACAUUUUUAACUCUAUGACUAUGAUGCUGUUCAUUUAUUUCUGUGAAGGAGACAUAGCACAACAUUGCUAUAGCAUGACAGAAACAGUUUUAAUAUGUUUUGCUACUACAAUGCAUUCUGACGUAACUGGAGAGUUUAAAUAUUCAAACACUAACAACUUUUUCAUUUUGUAUAUUACUCAUUAAGCUAUUAUAUGCAUAUUUUUCAAUGGUUUUGCACAAAGUUAAAUUAUAUACAGUACCGUGCAAAGGCCACCACCACCAGCUUUGUUGUUUUAGCAAAGUUUUAAUGUCCUUCCAUAUUUAUUUUUCACUCGGUUUAUUUCACUCUUUUUAUUUGCUAUACAACCAGAAAAUACAGGAAAUAUGUACACAAAAUUAAAAACAAAACAAUUUUCAGAACUAAAUGUCUUCUUCAGGCAUCAGUCAGUAUUUAGUGUGACCUCUCUUGUCAAGAAACACAUCUUAAGCUUUUUUGAGGAGACUGAAGUCCUGAAGUCAUUCUAUUAGAAUUUGAAAUUAGGAUUUAAUUUUAUACUGUUUUUAUACUAUAUACACAUUUCCUGUAUUUUCUGGUUGUAUUCUAAUAAAGAGACUAUAUAAUAAUUAUAUAUGAUCACUAUACAUUUGCAAAAACAGCAAAUCUAAUGGUAGCAUGGUGGUCUAAGACUUUUGCACAGUACUGUAAAUUAUAGCAAAUUUAGGAGAAUUUUAUUUACAUGACCAAUUGAUUUUAGUUUCACAUUCUUAUGAGUAAAAUGAUGAUAUUUAUAACAUAUUAAUCUUUUACCAUGAUAUUUUUUUCUCUGCCUUCACUGAGUACAAACAAAAUCUGUGUAAAAACAAAAUCUGUGCAAAGAUUUAUCUUCAUUGGGGUAUUAUAUUACACUAUAUGUGUUGUUGUAAUAAUAAUGAAAUAUGUGAAUAAAAUAUUUUAUAAAAUA